AAUAGAUUUAUUUUAUAGAUGGUGUUAUAGUUUUUUGUAAAUACAAAAGGGAAAAUAUGAAAUAGAUGCAUUGCUUUAAAGAUCUUACACAUUCCUUUAGGAGACAUAAGAACCAACACAGAGCACGUUAAUGCGAAACUAAAUAUAGUGAUUUAUAGUGCAUUCUACACGAAGAGGAUAUUUUGGUGCCAACUAGAUCUAGGUUUAUAUGCCUAGUUUUCUCAUCUCUGUGGGAAAUGGAUUAUCUAGAAGAAAAAUGCUUCAUUGAUGAAGGGGAAGCUAUUCUCAACAAAAAGGCUGUUUAUGAGCCAACGAAGGGCCAACGCUUUAGACAAGUGGUCUGCUCCAAGGGCUGGGCCAUAUGCAUUUUGCUAAUAAUGGGAGCAGUUAUGGUAGCUGUAGCCGUCAUCGCUGCCUUUGCCAGACCAGCUUCAAUACAGACGUCAAAUUCUUGCAAGCCAUCACCCUCUUCCGAGGAUUCAAUUGGGGGGAGCACUGUUGGCCCAGAAAACGAGACUCCUCAGACGUACAUUGCCACCAACGGCCAGGUUUUCCCUUGGAAGGACCUCAGACUUCCGAGAACCAUUAAACCCCUCUCCUACCACAUCUUCCUGCAUCCGAACCUCUCAGAGUCGUACUUCGCUGGCUGGGUCCAGAUGAACCUGCAUGUCCUGGAAGACACCAACUACAUCGUCUUUCACUCCCAUGAGCUGAAUCUGUCGAGUGUGACCUUGCACGAGAGGCAGCCCGGCGGAGGGGAGGAGCUGGGCCGGGAGCUGAGGGUGGUGCAGGAGCUGGAGUACACCAGGAACAACCAGUACUAUGUGCGAGUGGACUCUUUGCUGAGAGCGGGGCUUCUUUUGCAGCUAAACGUCAGUUUCAGGGGCUCGUUGGAAAGUUUGAGCAGGAUGAGUGGUUUCUAUAAGAGCACUUACACUGUGAAAGAGGAGACUAGAUACAUGGCCAGCACACAGUUUGAAGCAACAUUUGCCCGUAGCGCCUUUCCUUGUUUUGACGAGCCCGAGUUGAAAGCUAAUUUCUCCAUGUCCAUUGUGAGGAGCCCCCAACACAUCUCUCUAUUUAACACACGCCUGAUAGAAACCAAACCGUACGGGGACUCCCUGUGGCUGGACGUGUAUGAGGACUCAGUCAAGAUGAGCACUUACCUGGUGGCCUAUGUCAUCUGUGAUUUCAAAAACAUUUCUAAAACGACAAAAGAUAAUGUGCAGGUCAGACUAUUUGCACCUGAAGACAAGAUUUACAUGGGCCAGUAUGCUCUGAAUGCGGCAGUUACAGUUUUGGAGUAUUACAACUCCUUCUUUGGCAUACACUACCCAUUGUCUAAGUUAGAUCUUAUAGCUGUUCCAAACUUUGCUGCUGGUGCCAUGGAGAACUGGGGACUGAUCACAUACAGAGACACCUCCAUCCUGUACGACCCUGCCAAGUCGACAGAGAGUACCAAAAUGUGGGUGACCUUAGUUGUGGCUCACGAGCUGGCUCACCAGUGGUUUGGUAAUCUGGUCACUAUGAAGUGGUGGAAUGACCUGUGGCUCAAUGAAGGCUUUGCAACUUAUGUGGAGUAUAUUGGAGCUGAUCAAGUAGACAAAGAUUUUCAAAUGAUGGAUUCCUUCAUGAUGCCUUUUAGCGGAGCCCAACAUCUGGACAGUCUGAUUACAUCCCAUCCAAUAGAAGUCGAGGUGCAAGAUCCAGCUGAAGUAGAUGCCUUGUUUGAUAAAAUUUCUUAUGACAAGGGAGCGUGCCUGAUUCGUAUGCUGCAGCAUUUCAUUGGUGAGGACAAGUUUAAAACUGGACUUAGCAACUAUCUCAAGUCUCAUGCCUAUGAUAAUGCCCAAACUCAGGAUUUAUGGGAUGCCAUGGACUCUGUGUCUACAAAUCCACAAGGUUUGAAGGUCUCCAUGGUGAUGGACACGUGGACAAAGCAGAUGGGCUACCCAGUGGUGACUGUGACCAGAGAACAGGACUACCUGGUACUAAAGCAAGACAGGUUUCUGAUGAUGGACAACUUUGAGAAUAAGUCUUUGAAGUCAGACAAAUCUCCCUUCAACUACACUUGGUAUAUACCAUUCACCUACAAAACAUCAAGCAACCCAAAUAAGUCUCACCUUGUCUGGAUGAAGCGGGGCUCUGCCACAGAGAAGCUGCCAGACAGCUCGGCCAUUUGGAUCAAGGGCAACGUGGAUACUUAUGGCUACUAUCGCGUGAACUAUGACAAAGACGGCUGGCAGGCCAUUAUCCAGCAGCUGAAGACCAACCAUUCAGUGUUCUCAAUCACGGACAAAGUCGGGCUCUUCAAUGAUGCCUUCUCUUUAGCCAGGACAGGUCUGAUCAGUUACACAGUCCCACUGGACAUGACCAAGUAUCUAAUCAACGAGAGCAACUACUUUGUCUGGGAGGAGGUCCUGACUAACAUGUACUUUGUCUGCAACCAGUUAAAACUAGAAGAGGAGCUUGACCUACUUCAGACUUUCGUUCUCUCCCUGGCACAGCAUCUGAUUGAUGAGCUCGGCUGGGCAGACACAGGCAAACAUUUAACAAAAAAACUGAGAGCUUCCAUGAUUUAUUUGUCACUCACUAUGAACUACCAGCCUGUGAUGAAUGAAGCCUACAGACAGUUUAUACAAUGGACCAUUGACAAAGAUUUCCACAUCCACAGUGAUCUGAGGGGUGCCGUGUACUCCACUGGCCUGAAGAAUAGCACCAAGGAAGUAUGGGACCAGGUCAUGGAGAGAUACCUGACUGCCAACAUUCCUUCAGAGAAGAUCCUCCUGCUGUCUUCAUUAGCUGCCAGCACCAACUCCAGGAUUUUACAAAUACUUCUUGAGUACAGUUUAGAUGAUUCAAAAGUCAAGUCUCAAAGUACCACAGAUGUACUGAGCAGUGUUGCUGCCAAUGAUAAUGGGCUUUUGCUGACUUGGAGAUUUGUAAGGGAGCGCUGGGAUAUCAUAUUUGAAAGAUAUGGUGAGAGUUCCUUCCUCCUGUCAGACAUCAUCAAAUCAGUCAUCCAGCCAUUUAAUUCACAGUUUGAUUAUGAUGAGGUUGUUGCAUUUUUUAAGAACAGAGACUUGGGUUCUGGGAAGAUGGCCUUGCGUCAGGCAUUAGAAGUGGUGCAGAGCCAUAUAGUUUGGGUCAAACGAAACAUGCAGACAGUCAAAGACUGGCUCAAAGCCAAUGUGAAAAAAAGUAAAAAUAAGAUUAUGUGAUCAACGCUAAUGCAAUGGCAUUCAUCAAAAUACUUAAAACAGUAAUAAAUAUCUGAUUUUUGAGAUUAUUGUUGUGUUAUAUCAACUGGGAAUUGAAUCUUGUUUUAUUUUUUUUUACAAAUUGUGUUUUUUUUUCCAACCUGCCAAAUUUUGUAUUAUUGUGAAGCAACAAAAAUGUUUUUGUGAUAAUUGGUUGUUAAUAUUUUUGUUUUGUUUUCCAAAAAAUUGUUAGUAGAAAAUAAAUCAAUUAAUGUUUUGUUAAUUUUCUGUCCGAUAUUGGUGUCACUUCUAACCAUAUCCUCAAAAUUAAAUCAAUUUAGUACUGCACAACAGAACUUUCAGAUGCCACCCCCCCCCCCUCUGCUGCCACUUCUUCUUUUAAUGGCAGGCUUUUUAAGGUUAUUUACCAAAAGUGGUAAUUGAUUUGAAUUGCUUCCAAUGGCAUGGGUCUCAAAUAGCCUCUGACAACCAGUCCCAACUUCUGGCCUUCACAUGUAGCUCAGAUAUCUAGUGUCUAAACCAAAAAGCUUCUGGCAUCAGGAGGGGCUAGUUAACUUCUGCUACACUCUGAGUAGCAGCUGAUCUCUGAUUGUAUUGGCUAUUGCUGUUCCUUUGGUCCCAACAGCUGGUGAAGAGGAGGGAACUGCUGUUUGGGGAAAAACAUUCUGACCAUAGCCAUUGCAUUGGCUCUUGUCCUCCACAAAAUGAGCCAUAGUCAAGAGCACUGAAGGAGGCCUAUGGUUUUAAAACCAACGCCCCCACCCCACACACACAAACCUAUUAGACUUCCACUUCAUUUCGUUUGUAGCACAUUGCUUCAGCCUCGUUACAAGUUUUCCAUUAUAGGGAUACAGUCAGUGGUGUAGUUAGGAAUUUAUCAUCAUUUGGGGCCGGGGGAGGGGGGGGCGACCUCUUUGGGGGCCCCUGCAUUCUGCGUAAUACAUAAUAUUUAAUGUAAAAAAACACUAAUUUGGGGGCCUGGGGUGAUUUUCAAAUUCUCUGACACCCCCCCCCCCCCAACCAACCAUCCUAGCUACGCCUCUGGAUACAGUUGUUUUUUAUUUAUUUUUAUUUAAAUAGUUAAAAUUGUUCAGUGUUACUUAAACUAUCUUAUUCAAACUGUUUUUUUUUUUUUCUCUCAAAUUUUUAUUUUUGUAAUGCAAGUUGUUUAAUCUUUAGAGAUAAAGAAAAAAAAAAUUUUUCUUCACUUGAUAAACAAAAUUUGUAAUCUUUAUUGAUAAAGAACAUAAAAAAAUUUUGUUUUUCUUGUUAAACAAAAUUUGUGAUAAAGUACAAAAAAAAUAUUUUUUUCUUCACUUGUAAAACAAAAUUUCUAAUCUUAAUAUAAUUAAUUGAUAAAGAAAAAAAUAUUAUUUUUUUUCUUCACUUGUUAAGCAAAAAAAAUGUUUUUGUAGCAUCUUCUAUCCUUACUAUACUGAAGUAAGACCUGAAAGUAUAGAUCAUUUUCAUUUCCUUACAAACACCUUACAUACUUAUCUUUUCUCAUGCAUAUUCUUUACAUUCAUAUACCUUUUUUUACUUACAUACACCUCACUGAUUCAUUAUAAUGUUUGUAAUGUAUCAUUUUUUGAAGUCGAUUACAAUUUUUAAUGACAAAACAUAGACAUUUCUUGUACUACUGUGUUUUAAAUCAUAUUUUAUAGAAAAUUUGAUCUAAAUGAUAUGAACUUGAAAUGUUGCCAGUUAGGACAGACAGUGUCUCUGCCUGAAACAUAAUAAGCCAAAUAUUUAUAAGUUUAAAAAAAAGAUACUGAUUCAAUUUUUUUUUUUGCUUUUGGUGUCUUUUUUUCAAAAUAAUAGGACACUGACAUUUUGUUUUAACCUAAUAUAAUGUGAUAAUGAUGUUUUUGAUGAAUGUAUGAAGAUGUUUAUUUGUCAAAAUGUUUCAUUGUCAAUUUGUUACAUUGUUUUAGAUGUCAAUCAUUUUUCUCCAUGCCCUAAAACUUGUUCUUAAAAUGCGAAGAAAUCAGCCUGCUGGUGCUAUGGCAGGUAACUUGUUCUUGCAGUUGGGCUCUAAGUCCAUACACUGAAACCACUAGAUGUAUAAUUAUUUAAAGUUUGACAUUGAUACCCUAAGACUUAACUUUUUUUCUUUUUAAAUUUAACCCUAUCAGGCCUUAACCCCCCCCUCCCCCCCCAAUUUUCCCUUAUGCCUGAACUUCUGAGGGUCAUGCCCCCACUUUCUUACUUUCAGGCUCUAGAUCUAAUAAAAAAUCACAAUUUUUUCUUAUCAAUUGAGCCCUUACAGUCUCUUUCAGUUCAAGUAAAUACAUUCAUCCUAAUGAAAUUCUGACUCCUAAGUCUAAAUCAACCAAAAUAUCAAUCAACUUUUGGCUUAUUAUAAACUUAGACCUUCCAUUUACAUGCCUAGUUCAUGUUAAUUGCAAAUUUAUUUUAUACAAAAAACCACACCAAUUCUAUGUAAUUAUAGGGUGCAGACAUUUGAAAUGGCUGAACAUGUAUUUAAUUACAAUCGGUUAUUUUUAGAUUAUGACACAUUUUUUCAUGUAAUUACUUUGUACUGAAAAAAUAGGCACAGUGCAUUCUCACAGUGUCUGUAAAACCAUUGUCACUGAAGCUGUGUAUGACUGUCCCCCCAGUACUUUAAUUUCUAUGAAUGUACUUACAAGAUAAACAUGAUAUCUUACUGUAAAUAUUUUAUGUCCUGUUUUCAUUUUUUUAAAAGUUUAUACUCAGAUAAAAGCACAGUUAUAAUAUGUUGCAAAAUGUUCCACUCUGUAAAAGAUUGUAAAACACUAUACAAAAGCUUUAUGAUACAGUCAAAUCUCAUCAAAUACAUUGUUAGUUUCAAGUGUAUUUGUUAUCCCCUCAUGACCACUGGCAGUAAGGCCUAUGAUCACAUGGAUCUGUUGGAAACAAACCGCUGGCAGUAAGGCCUGUGAUCACAUGGAUCUGUUGGAAACAAACCACUGGCAGUAAGGCCUGUGAUCACUUGGAUCUGUUGGAAACAAACCGCUGGCAGUAAGGCCUGUGAUCACUUGGAUCUGUUGGAAACAAACCGCUGGCAGUAAGGCCUGUGAUCACAUGGAUCUGUUGGAAACAAACCGCUGGCAGUAAGGCCUGUGAUCACAUGGAUCUAUUAGAAACAAACCGCUGGCAGUAAGGCCUGUGAUCACAUGGAUCUGUUGGAAACAAACCGCUGGCAGUAAGGCCUGUGAUCACAUGGAUCUGUUGGAAACAAAACUGCUGGCAGUAAGGCCUGUGAUCACAUGGAUCUGUUGGAAACAAACCGCUGGCAGUAAGGCCUGUGAUCACAUGGAUCUGUUGGAAACAAACCGCUGGCAGUAAGGCCUGUGAUCACAUGGAUCUGUUGGAAACAAAACCGCUGGCAGUAAGGCCUGUGAUCACAUGGAUCUGUUGGAAACAAAACCGCUGGCAGUAAGGCCUGUGAUCACAUGGAUCUGUUGGAAACAAACCGCUGGCAGUAAGGCCUGUGAUCACAUGGAUCUGUUGGAAACAAACCGCUGGCAGUAAGGCCUGUGAUCACAUGGAUCUGUUGGAAACAAAACCGCUGGCAGUAAGGCCUGUGAUCACAUGGAUCUGUUGGAAACAAACCGCUGGCAGUAAGGCCUGUGAUCACAUGGAUCUGUUGGAAACAAAACCGCUGGCAGUAAGGCCUGUGAUCACAUGGAUCUGUUGGAAACAAAACCGCUGGCAGUAAGGCCUGUGAUCACAUGGAUCUGUUGGAAACAAAUAGCGCAAGAAAACAUCAACUGUUGUGGUGAGAUUUGACUGUCACUAGUCAUGAGAAAAAUUAUUUUUAUCUUUGUAUCUGCAUGAAGUGUCUGCUGAUUUAACUUUGUGCUGAUAAUGAUGUGUCAACAUUCCCUUGUUUUUUUGUUUUUUUUUGUUGCACGUAUACAGCUAACACUAAAUAUCUUGUUUUAUUUUGUUUGAUACAGAAGAUAUUCGAUUAUUUCUACAUACUGUGGUCUCAUUUUUGUUUAUAUCAUAGUAUCAAAACCAUUUCAUUUACACUAAUUAUAUUUUUUUGUUGAAAACAAUUUGUUUAUCAGCUACUUUCCCAAACUAAUGAGUUGCACACUUUUAUUGCUUCAUUUAUGAGCAUUGCUGUUGUGAACCACUAAUUACAGUAUCCCUCAUUCUAACUAUUUGCAUGACACUAAGUCCUACACCAAAGAGAAGGAUAUAGUUGUUUACUUACUUUUUCACAGCAUUGGGAACACUACACACAAUUACUAAACCUUUUGAAAAUCUCAUGUUUUAACAAAUAUUUUUGUAUUAGUUACAUUUAAUGAAUCUUGUUUCCUUACAAUAUUUUUUUCUCAAAUAUACUUUUUUUUAACAUGUAAAGCUUCUUUUUUUGUGAUACUAUUCAGUGUAUAAGAACUUGGUCAAAUCUUAGAAUCCUAUAAUGCACAAAAGAAAAGAUCAAGUUUAGGUUUUUGACAUUCCAUGUUUUCAAUGAACUAAAUAGGAACUCUACAAAGUGCAGGAGAUUAAAUUCAUUUGUCUAUUGCCAACCAUUACAUUCUAUAGAUUUCUAUAUCCUCAUAUGAAAUGAUGAUCUGUAUGAAUUUAGACUGUGUUGAUGUACAGCAAAAAGUAAAUAAAAAAAGGUUGAUGAGGUUUUAACGUUUUCGAUGAAUCUGUUAAUAAAAAAAUAUUGUCCUAAAAAAAAGAACUAAACUUUUUUUUUUUUUUUUGAAAAUAUUGCCAUGACAUAACAAAAUGUAAAAAUUAUGGACGUUUUAAAAUUUAAAAAAAUGGAUAUCAUUUUUUUUUUCAUGUUUCAGUAAUUGCUCUUAAAAAAUAUUUGGAACUUAAGGAGACAAAAAGUAUUUUUCCAUGGGUUAUUGUAUUUUUUAAAAAUUAUUUAAACAUAAUUUUGAUUAACUGUUGAUAUCUGACUAUAGACAUAAAAUAUAUGUCUAUGUAUCUGACACUAAUAAUUUCACAAAAAGUUGUGUCAAUAGUAAUUGUACGUUUUAAAGAGUUUAUUGCUCAUUUUUAUUUAUUUUGUUUUAGCAUUUUGAUUGUGCUAAAAGACUUGAGGUUUCAAAACAUUAUGUAAAAAAUUUGUGAAUCAGUUUUUUUGUUUAUUGUUGUUUGAAACUUAUCUAACCAGUAACAGUACAACAUUCUUUUGUUAUUAACAUUUUAAAUUUCAAUUUGUUGAUAUUGUCAUUGUGAGCCAAGUUCGCAUCAAAAUAAAUCGUCUACCAGAA